AAUAACAAUCUUAAGGAAAUAAUCAGAAUCUGUAUUACUUAUUUUUGGAGAUUAAAGCUUAAGCUUUCUACUCUGUUUGAGUUUAACAAGUGAUUAGAAGACAUAAAAUCUUCAUCACAAGUUUAAAUUCACUCGGUUGAUAAUUAUCGUGGUUUGUACUUAUUUGUACUUCUAAGCAUAUCUGUUUUCUUAACAUUAUUAUAUCAAUGAAGAAGAAUAAGGGAAAACGAUUAGGUAUAAUAGAGUAUAGAAAAGAAAAAUCAAGUUACAAAUUGUUUCAAUAAAAUUAAUUAAUUCAGAAUCUUGCUACUUUUUCAAGAUGCUUUUGCAUUGAUCUUGCCCCUUUCGCAAAGGAAAUAAAUUAAUCAUAUAUAGUAUGGCGGUAUGGCCAAGUAUAAAAUUGCAGUAAGAAUUAGCAUAUGUUAACUACUACAACUACAAAUUCAGUAUAUUUUUACAAAGUGGGGUCUUAGGAGGAUAGAGUGUACGCAGUUCAUACCACAAAUAGUAUUCAAUAGCAUCAAAAGCAUAGAACAUGAUAAAAUAAUAUAGGUACGACAUCCACAAAAAUUGUAUACUACCAAACGAAGGACAACAAAGUCCACCUAAUUACUGGACACCUAAUAACAUAGCAUAUAUUAACUGAUGAUGAUUAAGUGUAAAAACAUUGCAUGUAAAGACACAUAUCAUAUAUAAGUAGUAUUCAUUGGUUUAUGUAAAAUAAGGAUUAAAAGGUUGGUUUUGACAUCUAAAUAUCUAAUGCUCUAUAAUUUCUAGUUGAGGAAAAUGGGAAUUUAUAAAUCUCUAAUUUUUCUAUUAUAGAACAUCUUUGAAAAAUCGGAAAUAACCUCUCUACUUCUUCGAAGGUAGCGGUAUGAACUGCGUACAUCUUACCCUCCCCAGAUCCUAGUUUGUGGAAAUACACUGUAUUUAUCGUUGUUGUUGUAGAACAUAUUUGGAAAAGUUGCAACAUUUUUCGCUAGACUUGAUUGGUUUUAUUAUUUUAGGGAAACUUUGUCCUCAGAAACCUUGAACCAAAAAAUGUUUUAUACGUGCCAACAAUCUUUUUAUACGUGUUUUUUAAUUUAAAAUUAAUUUUUAUUUACUUUAUUCUCCAUUUUUAUCUCUUUUCAUCAUUUUUUCAUAAUUACUUUUCAUUUCUUUUCCUUUUCAAACUUAAAUAAUUUUUUGAUGAAUAAAAAGUGGAAAAUAAUGGACAAUACCGAAUAUGAAAUUUUUAAUGAUUUUGUAGUUGAAAAUAAUAAACAACAUCGAAUUUGAAAUUUCCGGCAACCUUGAAGUGGAAAACAAUGAACAAUAUCAUUAUUGAAUUUUUGACGAUCUUAAAUUCGGAAACAACGAACAAUAUCAAUUUUAAAAUUUUCGACGACCUUGAAGCUGAAAUUAAUGAACAAUAUCGAAUUUAAAAUUUUGAUGACCUUAAAGUCAGAAACAAUAGAGAAAUUUUGAAAUUUUCAACGACCUUGAAGUCAGAAACAAUGGGCAAUACUCAUUUUAAAAUUUACGACGAUCUUGAAGUCGAAAAUAAUGGAUAAUAUCGAUUUUGAAAAUUUCGACGAUCUUGAAGUUGGAAAUAAUAAACAUCGAAUUUAAAUUUUCGAUAACCUUAAAGUGGGAAACAAUGAAUAUCAAUUAUUAAAUUUCCGACGAUCUUAAAUUCGAAAACAACGAACAGUAUCAAUUUCACAAUUUUUGAUGACCUUGAAGCCGGAAACAAUGAACAAUAUCAAAUUUAAAAUUUUCGAUGACCUUAAAGUCUAAAACAAUAGAGAAUUUUGAAAUUUUCGAUGACCUUGAAGUCGGAAACUAUGGACAAUACUGAUUUUAAAAUUUACAACGACCUUGAAGUAAAAAAUAAUGGACAAUAUUGCUUUUGAAAUUUUCAACAACCUUGAAGUUGAAAAUAAGGAACAAUAUCCAUUUUGAAAUUUCCGAUGAACUUGAAGUCGGAACCAAUCAAUUUUAUGCUUGCAGAUGAAAAAAAUAAAUUAAUCUUUGUAAACAUAUAAUUUUAUCCGUCCUAAAAGUUAAUUUCCACUUAUUAUCUUGCUACCCCCACGCCCCACGUGUUCCCACCUUCUCAAUAUUAUCAUUUUACUCUUUUCUUUUUCUCCUUCUUUUGAAUAAAAAAUAAAAUAAAGAAUAAUCAUAAUCACACCACUCCAUUUCUCUUGAUCUUCUUUUUCACUUUAGAUUUUCUUUUCCUUUUAACCACCAUAUACACAUCAUUACACACACAGCAAAGAUUAAAAAAACAAAGGAGGCCUAUGCCCCAUCAAAAGUAAGGACCUCACUUUGUCCACUCCAAAGAGGGACCUCAUUGGUGGCUUUUCUUUUCAUUCUUUAAUUCAACACCUAGACACCCAUAUUCAAGGGACACAACUAUAGAGAAGACACACGUAUAUUACCACCCAAUUCAUUCAUACACGGGACUUCCAUAGAAAACACUGGGAUUUUGGAUUAAAAAGGACUCCCAAGUUGUCCAAUUAAGUGGGAGUCCUCCAAAUUUUUUUAAUUAAGUGGGAGGGAUAACUUUUUUUUUUUUUAAGUUUUUUCGUCCCAACAACUUGUUCCAGUUGUUCCACAACUUUGAUAGUUGUUCAACAACUGCGCAAGUUAUUCAACAACUAGACGCCACGACAAGUUAUUCAACAACUGCACGAAGUUAUUCAAACAAGUAAUGUAGUUGUCCAACAACUAUCUCAGUCGUUCAAAAAGAGUUAAUUUUUUUUUAACAAAUUUGUGGGAUCCACUUAUCCCCUAUUCUUAAUUGGAAACUUGGAGAGGCUUUUGACAUUUUUCUCGAAAACACUGACCAAACCUCACCACUCUUCCAUUGAUAUAUACAUACACACAAAGAGAAAGGAGGUCACGAGAACUCUCUAUUUUCAAAUCACUACAGGCUCACUAAAAGGAAUUCUCUCAACACACGACAUACACACAUACACUCCAUUCUCCCUUUCUUCUCCAUCAACAACACCCAAUUCCCAGACACUGCACAGAAAACAUUAACACACAUACACAUAAUCACUGAAUAACACACACACGCACUCAGUAAGAAGAAACGAGGGUUACUGACGGAAUUCGGCGUGAACAGUGACGGUGAACAGUAACAUUGAACAGUGAUGGAACAAUAUCGAUGAGUACGGAUCAUUAUUUUUCAUUAUCGAGUUGGAUUGUCGGUGUUAAGGUUCGGCUCAAGAUUUUCGAGUGCGAACUCUCUUUAUUCGAAUAACAUUGAGUUUGAAAUCUUCAAAUUGAGCCAGGGAAUGCCUCGAUGUAUCAUGUACGCAAAGAAGGCCCGUGAUGAAGGCCCAAGACAUCGGGUAAAGCAUUGGAGCGUAGUUUAAGAAAAGUACAGAUAAAAAUGGUUGGUCUGUAGUACUCUGGCUAGUCAUCCUUACUUCACUAGAUCAAAAGCAAAGCUUUCCAUGGCUAACAAGGAGAUCGAAACUUCACUUGUUGAUCCAGAUCAGGAUAUUAGAGAAAAGGGGUCAGAACGCAAUGAUGAAGUAUUGAGACUCAGACAACAAUUGGUGAACCUGCACCGAGCAUGGUCUAGUGGCAUGCCUCUUUCUCCAUUCCCUGAAGAUCUUGGGAAUAUCUCCAAUUUCCUGCCGCUCUCUCAGGCGCAAUUUUUUUCUCCCACUGAGUCACCCGAGCAUGCACCAAGAUUCACUCCACAUCAGUAUUAACCGGGUACUUCUAGUGUGCUAUUAGCAGUUCCCCGACCAAGGCCUGCUACUCAGCCGGCGCCACCGGAAGCGCCUAUAUUCAUGGCUCCGCUACCACCUGAAGCUCCCAUCUAUGCUGUGCGCCCGACAAUGGUACUCCUUUGGUCUGCUAGUGAGCUAAUAUUAAAGGUUUCAGAUAAUCAGUAUUAUGCCCUGGAGCCUACUUUGAGGAUUAAUGAACUGUAUGGGUACACCCAGCCACCUGCGUUUCCCUUUGAUACGGAGAAACCUGUUGCAACAGAGGAACAAGAAGUCAUGGCACAAAAAUUGAAAAGUCUAGAACAAGCCAUGAGGAAUUUGUAUGGAAUCAGAGGUUAUAAAAGUGUUUCCUAUUAAGAUCUUUGCAUGUUCCCAGACAUUAACCUUCCCCUCGGUUUUAAAAUGCCCAAAUUCGAGAAGUAUGCUGGGCACGGUGAUCCCGUGAUGCACUUGAGACGUUAUUGCAACCAAUUGAGGGCUACAGGGGGAAGGAAAGAGUUGCCCAUGGCUUUCUUUGGCUAGAGUCUUUCCGAUCUCACUUCAGAAUAGUUUGUCGAUCUGGAUAUUGACAAGUGGAACAGCUGGGAUAAAUUAGCUAUUGAGUUUGUGCAAUAUUUUCAGUAUAAUGUCGAUUUGAUUCGUGAUGAAAAAUCCCUACUUAACAUGAAGAAGAAAAGUACUGAAGGCUUUCGGGAACACGCGAUAAGGUGGCGCGAACAAGCCAUAAGGGUAAAGCCUCCGAUGAAGGAUAGUAAGCUGGUGGAGGUCUUUUUUUAGGUGCAGGACGAGACCUAUUUUCAAUAUUUACUUUUGGCGAUGGGAAAGUCAUUUAUUGAAGUCCUCAAAAUGGGAGAUAUGAUAGAUGACGGAAUUAAGACCUGACAGAUAGUGAGUUUUGUCGCAUUGAAGGCCACUACCCAAGCGAUUCAAGGUGGCUUUAGAGCGUUCGGAGGUAAAAAGAAGAAAGAGGACGUGGCGACCAUUGUAGCUGGACCCCUUCCUAUCCCAAAAGACCCCCUCGCCCCUAUCUCCAAUCCCAAGCCCAAGCCUAUGCCCAGGCCUCAUAUAUUCCUCCCCACCAUCACUACCCUCCACAAAACUCACUAUAUUCUAUUCCACCACCUCAAUAUCCAGUAUAUAGUGCACAACCAUAUGCCCAAACCUCUUCUUACCCAUAAUGGCGUGCGUCAGCCUCUCAAAAUCGUCCCUCAACUCCACAAAAUUACCAAAAUCCUUCCAAAUCUGGUUUUCAACCUAUGCCCGAGUUUAAGAGAGGAAAGUUAGUCAAAAAUGAGUUCACACUUCUCGAGGAGUCAUAUGCUAGCUUGUUUGAUAGAUUGAGGAAGUUAAACGUUUUGAGCCCAAUUUAAAAAAGUCUUUCAAAUCCACCACCAAGAAAUCUGGAUUAUUCUUUAAGGUGUGCCUAUUGUUCUGACAUGCCAGGGCAUGAUACAGAAAAAUAUUGGUAUUUGAAGAAAGCAAUUCAGGAUCUGAUUGACAUAAAUCAGAUUAUGAUACAAGCCCCAGAGGUUCCAAAUAUCAACCAAAAUCCAUUGCCGGACCAUGCUGAAACAAAUAUGUUGGAGUUAAUAUACGAAGGUAAAGAGUCCAUGACAUCUCAUAUGCCUAUAGUUAGGAUCCCAACUAAUGAGGAGAAUUCGAUAAAUGUUGCGGAUUCAAUGAAGGCUAGGUUUUUGAUCCCAAAGGAGAUGAUAGAAAAAGAAACUCAAGGAGAUAAAAAGAAACCUGUGCUAACUGUUAAAGGAUGGGAAAAAUUUGUUGCCCCAAUUCAGGGUAAGUCAAAGUUUAUUGUAAUAGGAGCCCCAAGAAAGCCUAUUUUGACAGUGAAAGGGGUACUUACGACGCCUAUUAUCAUUAAGCCAGUGUCACAGCUCCCGUUGACAGAACCAAAAAAAGUCCCUUAGAAUUAUAAGCAAACUGUGAUGACUUACCAAGGAAAGAAAAUUGUAGAUGAGGUGAAUGAAGUUUGGGGUUUGACUCGUUCAGGGAGGUGUUUUGUUCCAGAAGGUUUAAGGAAGUCUAAACCAGUGGGGGAUGGCCAUUCGUCUAUCAAAAAGUCUGUCACCGAAGAAGAAGUCGAAGAGUUAUUGAAAAAUUAAAAUUACCUGAAUACUCAAUCAUCGAUCAAUUGAGGAAGACUCCAGUUCAAAUAUCCCUUCUUGCUCUGAUGUUGCAUUCGGAUGAAUAUCGUAAUGCUAUGCUGAAAGUGUUGAAUGAAGCUAAUGACCCUAGGGAAGUUACGGUGAGUCAGUUGGAGAAAAUUGUUGGGAAGAUCUUUGAGGUAAACAGGGUAAUCUUUUCGAAUGAUGAAUUGCCUAUGGAAGGCACGGGGCAUAAUUGGGGUCUUUACAUUACUAUGAAGUGUGAAUACUUCUAUGUCACCCGUGUCAUGAUCGAUGGAGGUUUCGGUGUAAAUAUUUAUCCUCUGUGUACUUUGCAAAAGUUGAAUAUCAGUAUCGAGAGGAUUCGACCCAAUAAUAUAUAUGUUAGAGCUUUCGAUGGAGCAAAAACAGACUCAAUUGGCGAAGUAGAGCUAAUGUUGACUAUAGGGCCUGUUGAAUUCAUCGUAGAGUUCCAAGUAUUGAACAUCGAUGCCUCUUCCAAUAUAUUGUUGGGAAGAUCCUGUAUUCACAAGGUUGGGGCGGUCACAUCUACAUUGCACCAGAUGAUCAAGUUCGAGCGUGACAAGCAAGAGGGGAUCAUUCCUGGUAAAGGGGCUUUGUCUGUCUACAGAGAAUCGCCCUUGCCUUUUGUUGAGACAAAUAAUGUAGAAUCGACAUUGGUUUAUCAAUCUUUUAAUGCAGUACCUGUGGAGCAUAUCGGGGAAGGACAUGUUAUUCCAGGGCCGCAGUUAUCUCCUACUUCCCUCAUGAUGGUUAAUGAGAUGUUGAAAUAUGGUUUUAAGCUAGGAAAGGGUUUAGGAGUAUCAUUGCAUGGUAUAGUUCUUCCCGUAUGUCCAAGAGAGAACCUUGGUGGUUUCGGUUUAGGUUUCAAACCUACAGUAGAAGAUUGGAAAAAGGCCAAGAAGCAAAAGAAAGAAACAUGGUCACUUCCCCACCCAGUGCCACUACCAGUGAGUCAUUUGUUAAAAGCAAUAUUAUCAAGCACAUACAAGAGGUGUAAGCUGAGUUAGUUGAUGGUUUCCAAAACCUGUUCGUUGAAGUUGACAUAAUUGAAGCAGGAGAAGGUACCAGUAGGGCAGAUGUGCAGUUCAUAGGUCCUGAUGUCCAGCUCAACAACUGGGAAGUCAUACCUCUCCUAGUCAGGAGGAAGUUUUGGUAGUUUGUUUUGUUUUUCUUUCUGAUUUUUUGAGUUAUUUCAAGAUUGUAAUUCAGAAUUUAACUUGUUUAUUUUCUGCUAUCAUUUGUGUUUAAACUUUUCUAUCUUCAUGUAUUUUUUUUUGUAAUGAAAUGCAAUUGUCCCCUUUGUUUUGAGUCUAAUACGUUUUAUUUGUCUUUUCUUUAUAUAGUUCUUUUUAUACUGAUUCU